GUCUCAAGGUUUCUUCAAUUCAAAGCCGCCUCUUUCUUUCUUUUUCUCUGCGGUUCUUUGAACAAUCAAUAUCCAAUAAUAUCAUCGUUUCUUAAUUUUCCACAAAUAUUAUAUAAAAAUCCUUUCUUUCUAUCUCUUCUCUCUCGCACAGAUCUAAAUCCACCUUCUAUAGGAGUAGCUUUGUAUCGGAUCGAUCCAAACAGGGGAUAAGAAAUGGACAAUGUCGACGUCGAAGCUGGUGCGGAAAACGAGUUCCGUGGCCAGAGGGGUCGCAAGUACCGCCCCGUCGUCGACAACGAUCGGGCCGUGCUCGAGAUGUCGCCCAUGGAUCCUUCCUCCUCCUCUUCUUCGUCGUCUUCUCUCCCGGUUCACCAGGCUUCCCUCAAGAAAAUAAAAGUGAGCACACAAGAAAACAUGGGUUCUAACAUAAAUGAAGGGCCUUCUACUCAAGUGCAAGACAAAGGCCCUCAGAAAGAAUCCAAAUUGGAACUAUUUGGUUUUGAUUCUCUUGUCAACAUUCUUGGUCUGAAGAGUAUGACGGAUGAGCAGACUGCAGCACCAUCAAGUCCUAGAGAUGGUGAAGAUAUUGCUAUCACUCAGGGGCGACCAAAGCCAAGUGAUCUCAAACUGGGAACAUUGAUGGGUGUAUUUGUGCCGUGCCUUCAGAACAUUUUGGGAAUUAUCUACUAUAUCCGAUUUUCUUGGAUUGUUGGUAUGGCUGGCAUAGCUGAGUCACUAUUCUUGGUUUCCUUCUGUGGCUUGUGUACUUUCCUGACUGCAAUAUCAUUGAGCGCAAUUGCAACCAAUGGUGCUAUGAAGGGUGGUGGACCUUACUAUCUAAUUGGUCGUGCUCUUGGUCCAGAAGUUGGAGUUAGCAUUGGGUUAUGUUUCUUUCUAGGAAAUGCUGUUGCUGGAUCUCUUUAUGUCUUGGGAGCUGUUGAAACCUUCUUGAAAGCUGUGCCAGCAGCUGGGAUUUUUAAAGAGACCACAAGAGUUAAUGGAACAUCAAUUGCAAUACAGAGUCCGAGUUCUCAUGACCUGCAAAUCUAUGGGAUAGUUGUGACUAUUCUUUUGUGCUUUAUUGUGUUUGGUGGUGUGAAAAUGAUCAAUCGGGUUGCACCUGCCUUCCUCAUACCCGUUUUGUUCUCACUGUUCUGCAUAUAUAUCGGGAUUGCUUUGGCGAGGAAGAAUCACCCUGUAGAUGGGGUCACGGGCUUGAGUUCGCACUCUUUCAAAGAAAACUGGGGCUCAGAUUAUAAGAAGACCAAUAACAAUGGAAUUCCUGAUCCUGACGGAAAAGUAUCCUGGAAUUUCAAUGCAAUGGUCGGCCUCUUUUUCCCUGCUGUGACAGGAAUUAUGGCAGGUUCAAAUCGGUCAGCCUCACUGAAAGAUACUCAGCGUUCAAUUCCUAUUGGAACACUGGCUGCAACUCUUUCAACUACUGCAAUGUAUCUGGUCUCUGUGUUACUAUUUGGAGCUCUUGCAACCAGGGAGAAGCUUCUGACUGACAGGCUACUUUCGGCUAGAAUUGCUUGGCCUUUCCCAGUAUUCAUUUACAUUGGAAUAAUUCUUUCAACCUUAGGUGCCGCUCUUCAAAGCCUGACUGGUGCCCCCCGUCUCCUAGCAGCAAUAGCCAAUGAUGACAUUUUACCUGUUCUUAACUACUUUCGGGUUUCAGACGGAAAUGAGCCUCACAUUGCUACCUUGUUUACGGCGCUCCUCUGUAUCGGGUGUGUCGUUAUUGGGAACCUGGAUCUUAUCACGCCAACUAUAACUAUGUUUUUCCUUCUGUGUUAUGCGGGUGUGAACUUAUCUUGCUUCCUUCUGGAUCUUCUAGAUGCUCCCAGUUGGCGUCCUCGGUGGAAAUUUCACCACUGGAGCCUCUCUCUUCUUGGAGCCACACUUUGUAUAGUGAUCAUGUUCUUGAUCUCUUGGUCAUUCACUAUUGUGUCUCUAGCCCUGGCAAGCCUUAUAUAUUAUUAUGUGAGCAUCAAAGGCAAGGCUGGGGACUGGGGUGAUGGUUUCAAGAGUGCAUAUUUCCAACUAGCACUCCGCAGUCUUCGAUCUCUAGGAGCAAACCAGGUACACCCAAAGAAUUGGUAUCCCAUCCCCUUGAUAUUCUGCCGGCCAUGGGGGAAGCUGCCAGAAAAUGUGCCCUGCCAUCCCAAACUUGCUGACUUUGCCAACUGUAUGAAGAAGAAGGGCAGGGGAAUGUCCAUUUUUUUCUCUAUUCUAGACGGUGAUUACCGUGAAUGUGCUGAAGAUGCUAAGACUGCAUGCAAACAGCUUGCGACCUACCUUGACUACAAGAAUUGUGAAGGUGUAGCUGAGAUUGUCGUGGCCCCCAGUAUGUCUGAAGGCUUUCGGGGCAUCGUCCAGACAAUGGGUCUUGGAAACCUCAAGCCAAACAUUGUAGUGAUGCGGUAUCCUGAGAUAUGGCGUCGUGAAAACUUAACGGAAAUUCCAGCCACUUUCGUUGAAAUAAUUAACGAUUGCAUUGUUGCGAACAAGGCCGUUGUCAUCGUCAAGGGACUUGAUGAAUGGCCUAAUGAGUAUCAGAGGCAGUAUGGUACCAUUGACUUAUACUGGAUUGUGAGAGAUGGAGGUCUCAUGCUGCUUCUGUCCCAGCUCCUCCUCACGAAGGAAAGCUUUGAGAGUUGCAAAAUCCAGGUUUUCUGCAUCGCAGAGGAGGAUACUGAUGCGGAGGGGCUCAAGUUUGAUGUGAAAAAGUUUCUAUAUGAUCUUCGGAUGCAUGCUGAAGUGAUUGUUGUAACAAUGAGAUCGUGGGAUGUGCAAGCAGAUGGUGGGUCUCCUCAAGAUGAAUCUGUGGAGGCGUUCACUGGUGCUCGGCGGCGGAUAGCUGAUUACAUGGCUAACAUGAAGGCAAUAGCUGAGAAACAAGGGACCCCGCUGAUGGCUGACGGGAAGCAAGUUUUUGUGGAUGAACAGCAGGUGGAGAAGUUUCUUUACACUACUCUGAAGCUGAACUCGACAAUACUCAGAUACUCGAGAAUGGCAGCGGUUGUGCUUGUGAGCUUACCUCCACCGCCGGCCAACCAUCCUGCAUAUUUCUACAUGGAGUACAUGGAUUUGCUGGUGGAGAACGUGCCGAGACUUCUGAUGGUGAGAGGAUACCGUAGAGACGUUGUAACUCUAUUCACAUAGUUUCAGUGGAAGACUGCGUCCGUCCUGGAAUGGUAAAUUACCGCAUUUUCCAACACUAGUUGUUCAUAAUUUUUUUUUUUAACUUUUGUAGUUUAAAACGUUACAUUCAGUUCAUUUCACCGUCCCUAUGGCUAGAGCAGCAUUUUACUAGUUCCCUUAAUUUGUUUUUGUAAAAUUUUGAAAUUUAGACUUUUUUUCGGAUUCAUACAGCCGACCCCGCGUAGGGUGAUAAGUUUUUGCUAUUGUUGUCAUCUUGCA